UCAAGCAAGAAUCGUGCCUCUCCUUCUUGGAGACGGGUUUUUGUUGAGUAAGGAUUUGAUUCCAUUGACGGGCAUUGAGAUCAGGCGCCGGUUAAUGGCUUCCCUUCGGCAGUCUGCGCCAGCAUUGCUGUUGCUUUUGGGGUUCCUCACAGGCUCUGUGCUUGCGGACGACCCUUUGAGAACUUACGACUGGACCGUCUCCUACUCUCUUUUAUCUCCUCUAGACCUCGAGAAGAUGGUUAUAGUGAUCAACGGUCAAUUUCCAGGGCCACUAUUGAGCGUGUCCACCAACGAUGUUGCCUCUGUGACCGUUCGGAACAACCUCACAGAGCCCUUCCUGCUUACAUGGAAUGGAAUACAGAUGCGGAGGAACUCAUGGCAAGAUGGGGCGCAGGAGACGAACUGCGCUAUCCCUGCAGGAGGAAGCUGGACCUACCAUUUUCAGGUGAAGGACCAGAUUGGGAGCUUCUUUUACUAUCCGACGUUGCUGUUGCAGAAGGCUGCUGGGGGUUAUGGCGCUAUUCGAGUGAAUAACCGCGGCGACGUCGUCAACCUCCCCUUGGGUUGCCCAUGUGAUGAAUUCGACGUUCUUAUCGGUGACUGGUACAAUACAGACUACAGGGAACUCAGACUACCACUCCAACUGGGCCUUCCACUAUCUUAUCAACCAGAUGGGGUACUCAUCAAUGGCGUCGGACCCUAUCAAACAAAUUUCCUGUUUAAGCCAGGAGCGGCAUACAGAUUGAGGAUCUCAAAUGUGGGGCUAAAAGCUUCCUUGAAUUUUCGGAUACAGAGCCACAGAAUGCUGCUGGUGGAGACGGAGGGCUCCUACACCGUGCAGCGGCAGUACGAGAGCCUCGACGUUCACGUCGGGCAGUCUUACUCCGUCAUCGUCAGGGCGGACCAACCCCUCGGCGCCUACUUCAUGGUCGCCAGCACCCGGUUCCUCGACGACGAGGUCUGGGGCGUCGCCACCGUCCGUUACUCCGGCUUCUCCGGUGGCCCGUCCUCUGGCCAUCCCCCGCCGGGACCCGACCCCCUCGAUUACUUCUUCUCCAUGCAUCAAGCUCGCACCAUCAGGUGGAAUUUGAGUGCAGAGGCAGCGCGGCCAAAUCCCCAGGGGUCCUUCCAAUACGGGCUCAUCAGGGAAACCCGAUUCCUGUUACUCGAGAACGACCGGGCAAACCUCGACGGUCUCCCGCGCUACACCGUCAACGGCGUCUCCUUCCUCCACCCCGACACGCCACUGAAGCUCGCCGACUACUUCCAGAUCGACGACGUCUUCUCGCCCGCGGCCAUCCCGGACGUUCCGGACGGCCGGUCCCCGUCGUCCGGCACCUCCGUCAUCGACGUGCCCUACCGCGGCUACGUCCACAUCGUGUUCCAGAACUCAGAGGACGUGAUCCAGAGUUGGCACAUCGAUGGUUACAACUUCUUCGUCGUGGGGAUGGACGUUGGGGCGUGGAACGAGAGCAAGAGGGACAGCUACAAUAUGGUGGACGCUGUGUCCAGGUCGACUGUCCAAGUGUACCCGCAAGGAUGGACGGCCGUGAUGACGGAGCUGGACAACCAGGGGAUGUGGAACAUCCGGUCCCAGAUGGCGGACAGGCAGUUCUUGGGGCAGGAACUGUACCUGAGGGUGAACGGUACAAGGAAGGGCGCACCCACUGCGUCCGAGAGGGACGAGCUGCCCUUGCCGGGUAACGCCAUUCUGUGUGGAAGGGCCAUCGGCAUGCUCUGACUUUCUC